UUUCUUGUAAAACAAUUUUACAUUGAUGGGCAAUGAGAUGAUACUCUGUACUGCUUCUGGUCAAUGGACAGGACAAGUACCCACUUGUGAAGACCUUCAUUUACCACCUGCUUCGAUCCAGGACACUGCUACUGUUUGUCUGGCUGUAGUUCCAGCCAUUCUGUCUUCAGGACUGAUGUUUGCAGCAUGGCUCAUGAAGCGCCUUCGUCAGAAAGCGAAGACGUUCGACUUAGAAAGUAACUUUACAAAUAAGGCUGGUGCAGGCACAUACAAAACUUCACCUUUAACAUCCCCUUUGCUCAGCCACAUUUAAGGAGUGGUCUUUCUCCAAAAAAAGAAUGUUACAAAAAUAAUGGGGAUUGACAGGUGUAUUGCUACCUCCCUAAAAGAAUAUUAAAGAGGAACAUGCAGCAUUUAAAAUUAUUGAACGGAGAAAUAUGAAACUAAUGCUGAACUACAAAACAAUACUUUGAGCCUGCUCAAGUUAAAUACUAAGGACUUUGAUUUCGAGUACUGUCAACAUGGAAGACUGACCUGCUACAUGUGAAAAUGCAAGAUGCUUAUUUUUGGCAGAUGUCACUUAGUAGGUAAAGCCUUAAAUUUAGUGCGUUGGCAUCUGGUUGUGAUGGCACUGAUCAUUUCCUUAUUUUGUGUGUGCUAGUAGCUGCUGGACAGUGUUCUUUCUUAAUUUUGUCAAUGAAACAAUUUUUCCUUUGAGAAUAUAACUCUUGUAGCAGCCAAAUGAUGCUCAUGGCAUGAACUGUAGAGUAAUAUUUAUUGUAAAGAUUUUUCUAAUCAUAAGCAAUGGAGUGAUGUCUCCAAUGAAACAAAAAGUGCAAGUAGAUUCUUGCAUUUUCUUUCCCACUAUAUGAUGACAUGACUUUUAGUGCCUGUGCACCAGGUUUUAAUGGUACUGUACUAAAAAGGUGUUUUAUACUUUAACAUACUGUAUAUAUUGAGGAUUUGUAUGAAUUUUGUAUUUAUUUAUUUAUUUAAAUUUCAUUUUGUGUA